AUGGGGAAUCCGGGUUCAAGUGGUGGGAAAGGAGGUGUUAAUAGUGGAAGCAGCACUCGUGGGCAGACUAGUUCUGGAAGUUCGGGUUCGAGUGACUACGGAGUUGUGAGAUCAAUGGGAUCUAAACCAGGGGAUAGACAGAAACUUGCCUCACGAGCAGGUAAUGCAUCAGGUGGUACCGGUAGUGGAUCAAGCGGUUCGUCAACUUCAGGAUUCUCAUCAUUGAGUAGUCGAGGAAGCACAAGAUCUUCUCUCAACAAUGAUAAUGCUAGUGGUAAUGCUCAUAAGGGAGGCAGUGGUAAUAACGGCGGAUCAGCAGGUGCCAGCUCAGGUGCUAAUGGUCGAGGAAAACGAAGCAUCAACAACAAUAGUAGUAGCAGCAGCAGUGGAAGUAACACCAGCCAAUAUUCAAGUCAAGGAUCCAACUCUAGUUCACAUAGUCAAGAAGAUAUUUCCAACUUUGGAAACGACUAUAAUGACCACUUCAUCCGGUCAGGAGUGCUGCCACAAACCCAUAUUACCAAUAUCAUAGACCCGUUAAUCGGGUAUCCUAAACUACAAAAGUUGCAUAGUUUGAAGCAGGUUCAUAAUAAACGGUAUUCCACCAAAUUAUUUGGAUCUCGAGUGUCUCCAAAGGAGAUGCCCAGUCGCAUUGACUCGUGGGUCAAUCAGGGUAUGAAUUUUGAUGUAGUGAUGAUUAAUGGCUGUGUUGAUAACGUACCGUCCUACGAAACUCUUAUCAGUCUUCCUAUCCAACGAAUCACUCCACGUCCCAGUAUUGUGUUUCUCUGGGUACCGAGUCCCGCUUUAGAGAAGGGCAGAUUAGCACUUGAACACUGGGGAUUUCGCCGAAGCGAAGAUAUAGUGUAUCUUGUCAACGACAGCGACUCGAUCCAUUUCCCCAAAUGGCUGGCAUUAUCGCCACAUGACAGUCUUGUGAAGACGAGCUGGCACUGUCUGAUGGGACUCAAAGGUACAUUGCGGCGGUCUGAAGACUCGGAUCUUAUCAAUUGCAACGUCGACACCGACGUGAUUAUCGAGUCUCCUUUCGACCGCCACAACGUGGUUCCCGAGAAGAUAUACACCAUUGUCGAGAACUUCUCGCUCAUGAGCCGUCGUUUGCAUAUCGUUCCAACCUACUCGACCUUAGACAAGCCUGUACGAGUUCGCCAGGGCUGGGUCGUCAUGAGCCCCGACGUCAUGCUCGACAACUUCGAGCCCGAUCUAUACCUCACCCAAAACAAAACCACCGGCUACCGGGUCCCUGUCGACGACACCAUCGACGAACUGCGACCCAAAACACCACCUCGUUCUUCCCGCAAGUGA